CCGGCCCCCAGCCAGGAGGCAGAGGCGAGCGGGGACCCGCGGGCAGCCUGCGGGCGGCGCAGGCGGGAUGGGGAACCGGGAGAUGGAGGAGCUGAUCCCGCUGGUGAACCGUCUGCAGGACGCCUUCUCGGCGCUGGGGCAGAGCUGCCUGCUGGAGCUGCCGCAGAUCGCCGUGGUGGGCGGCCAGAGCGCCGGCAAGAGCUCGGUGCUCGAGAACUUCGUGGGCAGGGACUUUCUUCCUCGAGGGUCAGGCAUCGUGACGAGACGGCCUCUCGUACUACAGCUUGUUACUUCCAAAGCAGAAUAUGCUGAAUUUCUACAUUGCAAAGGAAAAAAAUUUACAGAUUUUGAUGAAGUUCGCCAUGAGAUUGAAGCAGAAACAGACCGAGUGACAGGAAUGAAUAAAGGCAUCUCCUCCAUACCCAUUAACUUACGUGUCUAUUCCCCGCAUGUGUUGAACCUCACCCUGAUCGACUUGCCCGGGAUUACUAAGGUGCCCGUGGGAGACCAGCCGGUGGAUAUUGAGCACCAGAUCAGGGAGAUGAUCAUGCAGUUCAUCACGAGGGAGAACUGUCUCAUUCUGGCCGUCACCCCCGCCAACACUGACCUUGCAAACUCCGACGCGCUGAAGCUGGCUAAAGAUGUUGACCCUCAAGGUCUGAGAACCAUCGGAGUCAUCACCAAACUGGACCUUAUGGAUGAGGGAACGGAUGCCAGGGAUAUACUAGAGAACAAGCUGCUGCCUCUUCGCAGGGGUUACGUGGGGGUGGUGAACAGAAGCCAGAAGGACAUUGAUGGAAAGAAGGACAUCAAGGCCGCCAUGCUGGCGGAGAGGAAAUUCUUCCUUUCACACCCGGCGUACAGACACAUUGCCGAUCGGAUGGGGACCCCACACCUGCAGAGGGUCCUUAACCAGCAACUCACCAACCACAUUCGAGACACCCUACCAAACUUCAGGAACAAACUGCAGGCCCAGAUGCUCUCCAUAGAACAUGAAGUCGAUGCCUACAAGAACUUCAAGCCCGAGGACCCCACCAGGAAGACCAAAGCCCUGCUGCAGAUGGUUCAGCAAUUUGCCGUGGACUUUGAGAAGAGAAUUGAAGGCUCAGGGGAUCAAGUAGAUACCCUGGAGCUCUCAGGGGGUGCAAAGAUCAAUCGCAUUUUCCAUGAACGCUUUCCUUUUGAGAUAGUAAAGAUGGAGUUCAACGAGAAGGAACUGAGAAGAGAAAUAAGCUACGCGAUCAAAAACAUACAUGGCAUCAGGACAGGGCUGUUCACUCCGGACAUGGCGUUUGAAGCAAUAGUCAAAAAACAAAUUGUGAAGCUGAAAGGGCCUUCCUUGAAGAGUGUAGAUCUGGUGAUGCAAGAAUUAAUCAACACCGUCAAGAAGUGCACCAAAAAACUGGCAAACUUCCCUAGACUGUGCGAGGAAACGGAGAGGAUCGUGGCUAACCACAUUCGGGAGCGGGAAGGGAAGACCAAGGACCAGGUACUGCUAUUGAUUGACAUCCAAGUCUCCUACAUCAACACCAACCACGAGGAUUUCAUUGGCUUUGCAAAUGCUCAGCAGAGGAGCAGUCAGGUUCACAAGAAAAACACAAUUGGAAAUCAGGGAACCAAUCUUCCGCCUUCAAGGCAAAUUGUGAUUCGCAAGGGGUGGCUCACCAUCAGCAACAUCGGCAUCAUGAAAGGAGGCUCCAAGGGAUACUGGUUCGUCCUUACUGCUGAAAGCCUGUCCUGGUAUAAGGAUGACGAGGAAAAAGAAAAGAAGUAUAUGCUUCCCUUGGACAACCUGAAAGUUCGAGAUGUGGAAAAGAGCUUUAUGUCCAGCAAGCACAUCUUUGCAAUCUUUAACACAGAACAAAGGAAUGUAUACAAAGACUAUCGCUUCCUCGAGCUGGCAUGUGAUUCGCAGGAGGACGUGGACAGCUGGAAGGCAUCUCUGCUGAGAGCUGGCGUCUAUCCCGACAAAUCCCUAACUGAAAAUGAUGAGAAUGGCCAAGCAGAAAACUUUUCCCUGGACCCCCAACUGGAGAGGCAGGUGGAGACCAUUCGCAACCUGGUAGACUCCUACAUGUCGAUCAUCAACAAAUGUAUCCGAGACCUAAUUCCAAAGACGAUAAUGCACCUGAUGAUCAAUAACGUGAAAGACUUCAUAAACUCAGAGCUCCUAGCACAGCUGUAUUCUUCAGAGGACCAGAACACCCUGAUGGAGGAGUCGGCUGAGCAGGCUCAGCGCCGGGACGAGAUGCUUCGCAUGUACCAGGCCCUUAAAGAAGCCCUCGUGAUCAUCGGCGACAUCAACACGGCCACGACGUUCACCCCCGCCCCGCCGCCCGUGGACGACUCCUGGAUCCAGCACACCCGCAGGUCGCCCCCUCCGAGCCCCACCACCCAAAGGAGGCCGACACUGAGCGCCCCCCUAGCUCGGCCUGCAUCCGGCCGGGGACCCCCUCCCGCCAUCCCCUCUCCGGGGCCCCACUCAGGGGCACCCCCAGUUCCAUUCCGGCCCGGCCCAUUGCCUCCCUUCCCUAACAGCAACGACGCAUUUGGAGCCCCUCCGCAAGUCCCCUCUCGGCCCACCAGGGCACCUCCCAGUGUCCCCAGCCGGAGACCACCCCCAUCACCAACUCGUCCCACUAUAAUCCGUCCACUAGAAUCCUCCCUGUUAGACUAAACGAAGUGUGUGGCAUGGCAGUUCAUUACUAAUGAAUUAUGCGAAAGCAACACAUUUGAUAACUGUUGCAGUAAAUCAUGAGUAGUCGCAUGUGUGGACACCAGUAGGCAAGUAACCAGUUUUACUAACGCAUUCGUCACUCAUCUGCAUUGCUCAUGGUACGUCAAACCUUUGGGGUUUGACUCUUGAAAACUGCUGACCCUUCGAGGCUUCGUAUGUUGUAUGGACCAAGGUAGGUUUGUGUGGCAGCCCUUUACCUCGGGGACUGUUUGCCUACCCUGGCAUAUAUUUGAAAUUGCUUCGCACCAGUUUCCCAGGUUACCUUCCUGACAGCCCAUUAAAUGUAAUUCUUAAGAGAUAGCAGAUGGUGGGCUCAUACCUAAGCCAUACACAUUUAUUUUCCCACAUUCUGUUUUGGUUGACAGAAAUAGUAUUGUCUAUUGUUAAUGUUUCUGUCUAUUCCGUAAUUGCCUGUUUAGAUCCAUUCCUUCCUCUUUAUUUCAUAAGACUGCUAGGAAGUGAUUUUUUUAAAUUAGGAUUUCUUAAGAACAAAGCUUUUCUGGAAGAACGAGGCAGUUUGUAAAGGAUGAGUUACUGCCUUGGUUGCUCCAGAGGGCUGCUCCUCCUGCCAGUGAGUUUGGUUUCAUGCUAGCGGCACAUUCGAGAGCAAAUCAGAGCUUGUUUUCCUGUAGCCAGUCAAUAGAUUUGACUAGUUAAUUUCAGAAUUCAGGAAGAAGCAAAACAUCACAUCUCUAGAAGUAUCUGGAAAAUGUAAUUUCUUUACUAGUUUAUCAUUAACCUCUUCCUAGGUUACAGUGAAGGCUGACAUGGAAAAUAUUUAUUUUUUCAGAUCCAUUUAAUUUUAGGCUUGGCUGACUACGCUUUGACACUAACUCCAGUUGAUUUAUUUAUUUGGUUGGUUGGAGCAAAAAUAUUUCUCUCUUUCUCUGCUAGUACUUAAUUCUCCUACGUAAAAAUUUACCCUAACCUUUAAAACAGGCUUAAAGUAACUUUCUGUCCAUUCUAGGCUUUCUUCACAAACCGUGAGCCUCACUAUGGGAUGACCAUAUUUAAUGAAUGGGGCCUGGAGUGAAAAGAAAAGCCACUCAGGCAACUUUUAUAGUUGAACAGCUUCUGAGCCUUUAUCCAGGUCAUUCCAGAAAACGGCAUUAAGACAUUGAGAUCUAAAGCAAGUGGGCAAAUGCUAACGUUUCUGAAGUUUACAGGAGCCCAUCGCCUGGGGGUUAAUAGUUCAGUCUUGGGGCUGAGUUUUGGACAACCUAGGACCAGAUGAUUAGCACGUAGGAAACAGCCAGAAGCCAACUGGAAUUUUGUUUGCUAACUGCUCCCAGACAGCAGACCAAGUAUUCUCUGGAUGGCGGCGUCCCGCGCCACUAUUUCAUAUUCAGCAGAAGUAAAUCAGUUUUCACCAACCGAAAUGUCUCUCUUUGAAAGCAGCAAACAUGAUUUGUAUGUUAGCUUAACUUUAAUUUCCUGUGUAGUUUAUACCCAAAGCAGACACCCAUAAAGCAUGAAGUAAAAACUUUCAGCCAUUAUUAAAAAGAGAACUCGCCAAGCUGGAUGGCAUCGUUUUGAACUUAUUCUAAAGGGUUACAGCUAGCCCACUCGGGCAAAAACCAGAGAGUUCAAGAUUCAUAAAAAGGGCAUUUCGACUUUUAAGUUACAAGUGAUUAUAUAAAGAUCACCACCCUAAAUCUUCUCAUAUCUUUUUUCCCCCCCAUUGGAAAAAACAUUAACUCUUUGUGAAGGGAACAGAUGUGCAAGAAACAUACUGUUUUUCUAAAAAUAAAUGGAAAUAUGUUAAGUAAACAUCCAUAAUGAAAUAAAUAAUCCACAGUGAGAUCUUUUCAUAAAAUCCUCUCUCCUAAGGAUUCGCUUUGCUUCUUCCUUUGAAUUCUCUAAAAUGGGCAGCUCGCGGAACAUAUACUCCAGGGUUUUGCUCUGUGCUGUUUGUGGUUUUACGUUCUGCUGCACUUCAGAAAUGUCCUUCUGUGAGAGGAAAAUAUCGUGAAUAACCAGGGAUGUUCUUAGAUCAGCACAAACCGUGUCAGGGAAAACUGGAGGUUCUUUUUCCAAGGUCCUUUCCCCGAUCUUACGCAGCCGUAAACAACGGCAUUUGUCCUCUUGGCUCUUGCUCUCAGAGUAUAAUCCCCCGGUUUCACUGUCCCAACUGCCUCUCCUUGUGGGUCCGUUUUUCUUCUAGUUCUUCUAGUUCUAGUUCUAAGUAAAUUCCUGAUGGGACCCAGCCCCCCACCCCUGGAAUCUCAGCUGCCGUGCUGGAGAAUAGUCUCGUUCUGCAGUACGAUGUCCGGUGAUGGGCGUUAAUCCCAUUUCGCAGAGGGCCUGCAUCCUGCUGACGGGAGGUGUCGACGCGAGUGCAGUGGGAGACGCUGGGAUGCGCGUAGUUAGAGGCACAGCGUUCACACCAGGCCUUAAGGUGGGGAUGUGGCUCUGAGCUUCCUGAGUGUUUCCCAUUCCACUCGGGGUCCUUCGUAAUGUCCUCCUAACUCUCAUGUGGCCUGUGUAAGAGAUGGAGCUCCGUCAUGUCUCGUGUAACAAAACACACAGCGUUUUGGGAUUUGGAAAAAUAAACUGUCUCUUUGAUGGGUCAGUCUAUUUUACUGUCACAUGCUAAAUCUUGCAUGCUUAUUGACUAAUUUGGAAUAACCAUUUACUCAACCGUGGGCAGGUUAUUGAAAUAGUACUAAUUUAGGACAGCUAUAUUGCAUUUCCAGAAAACAUCUACCAAAGUUACUCUUCUGAAUAUUGCUUUUAGCUGUGUUUUGUAACAUAGAAGAGCAGUGGGGUCUGUUUAUUAGCAAAUUGCCUCUGUGUUCAGAUACAAACUCAUCUACUCUAAAAUGUUAUAAUGAAACCAGCUUCUGAUUUAGGAAUAAAUACUAGUCCUAUAGAUUAAUUUUAUGACUUUUUAGUAUAGCGUUAGCCAUAAUUCUCAAAUAUGAAAUGGGACCUAAUACCAGUAUGUGACCAAUGUUGAUGUUUUCUGUGUACCAACACCUUUUCUAUGCAUGUGUCUUUAUGUAUAACAGUGUAUACGUAGUAAAUUUGUUUCUGUAAGUACCUGUAUUUUGUGCCCCUUUGGGUAGGUAGGUUUAAAAGCACUUGUUAAAAUGCCACAAGCAUGAGUGUGAUUGUGUGUGCACUGUAUGUGUGUGUAUAUGUAUGGGUGUAAAUAUUUAUGUAUACGUGUGCUUUGUAUGUGUGGGUAUGGAUCUGUUUUUUAAACUGUGCUAAUACAAGAGGGAGCUUUGGAGAACCUGCUACAUAAUACGUGAAAACAGUGGUCCAUUUCUCAUAGAGUACAUGAGGUGUACAGAAUUUUCUCCAGAUUGUACUCGUUCUGAGAGGCACAAAUCUGAGAGUUACCAUGACAACAUAGUAGAAUAACAUCCACGGGCAUUUGUAUCUAAAUCCACAGUACUGCUGUCUAAGAAGAAAUAACCUUUGCCAAUGCAGUUCGAUCAGAAGUGUAAAAUCUGGAAACCUACCUUUAAGAUCUCUAAUUAUCCGUGGAUUGCUGAGCUGAAUCUUAAAAGGCUAAGUUGGUCUGCAUAGUCAUCUUUUCUCUCCAGUAAAGGUUAAAAAAUAAAGUCGAGGGAUACAGCAAUGUAAUAAAAGCAAUGGGACUCUGAGUGAAUUGUUUGAAAUUGACAGGAAUCUCUUUACCAUUGAGAAUAAAGCCUACAUAGUAGGCCUCUAUGGACCUCAGUGAGAGGAGAGGAGAGGCGAGACUCAAGCCAUGAGUUUUGUAUCAUUUCGCCCAGAGGACUGCUAGCUGUGAGAUCAGAGUUGAAUGUGAAGGAAGCUGGACGAUUUCAGAGAAACAACUGUUAGUUCACUCGAUCACUCACUCAGUCCUUUCCUAAAAGCUCAAGUGUGCCUCCUAGAUCAUCUUAAAUAAAUCUCGUCUAGUGGGUGUGUGUUUAAAAUUAUGUGGUGCUCUGUAUCCUGAGCUUUAAGACUAUUUUGAGGCAUAUGCAGUAUAAGCCCUGCCCUUGGUAUAUAUGUGUAAGAAUGUGUGAGUGUGUGAAUAUGUGAGGACAAGAGAGGGGAAGCUCAAGGACAGCCUCUUGUUUGUCUUAAGACCUGUUCAUCCUGGUAUGUUGGUGAGACUUCUCACCUCUCUGGUCUAGGUUUCAUGUGUGGCUCAGCUCAAGGCAUCCAUUUCUUUCAUUUUUACCCUUGAAUUCCUCCAACUUUGCUCACUACGUAAUGUUUUCAAAAUUAUGAUAAAAAUGACUCUGUCUAGCCUCUUGCAUUGUCUGCUGCCAACUUGAUAAAAAUUAUUCCUGCCAGCCAGAAACUCCACCGUGACUUGAUUGGUGUUUGAUUUCAUGUGCACAACCUGUGUUUUGCUUGCUUGUCUAUGUUUACUUUCACUCCCUUUUUUAAAAAUCAAAUUCCUCUUUUGCCUUUUUAUGAAGAAGCAGUGUACAGAAGCAAAAUCUUGUCUUCACUGUUGAGUCGUCUUUGAUUAAUUUGAGCCAGAAUACUUUCCACUGUCUUCUUGGCACUUUGGAGGUUUCUUAAUGAUGAUAUAUGGAUGGACUCUGUAAGUGGAAUUUUGGAAGCCAGUUCCUAAAGCCUGUAUCAGUCUUGAAGGUCACGUGGACCUGUUGUGAAAAUGUGAAGCUGUAUUUCUGAACCUGAAAUAAAUGAUAACCUUUGAA